AUGGCCGUUCCUCGGGGGCAGCCUCCUCUCCUUCUCCUCCUCCUCCUCCUCCUCUUCUUCUUCUCCUCCCCGCUGCCUCUGUGGGCCCGGCCGCUCGUCAUCCACCCGUCCAUCAACGUGGCGGUGGUGUUCAGCGGCUCCAGCUACCAGAACGAGGUCAGAGGUCGCCUCAGCGGGGAGAACUUCGCCGACCUGCCUGUGGUGGUCAACCCAGUCACGGUGCUGGUCAAUGACACCAACCCCCGCGACCUGCUGACGCGCCUCUGCGAUACCAUGGCAACGGAGCGGCUGCACGGCGUGGUGUUCGAGGAUGAUGUGGGCUCGGGGGCUGACGCUCAGAUCCUAGACUUCCUCUCCACUCAGACAGCUCUGCCCAUCGUGGGGAUCAGCGGCGGCUCGGCGGUGGUCAUACCACACAAGGAUGAGGGAUCCACCUUCCUGCAGAUGGGAGCUUCUCUAGAGCAGCAGAUAGUCUGCAUGUUCAAGCUUAUGGAGGAGUAUGACUGGGGCGAGUUUGUGGUGAUCACCAGCUUUUUGCCAGGAUACGACACCUUUGUGGAUAUAGUUCACUCCUAUACAGACACUUCCUACUUCCAGUGGAACUUACAGGACGUCCUGUCUCUGGAAAUGUCUGUUGGGGCCAGUGAUGUGAGGACCAAACGCAUGCUGCAGCAGGUGGACUCCCAGGUCCUGCUGGCCUACUGCUCCCAUGAGGAGGCGCAGUACUUGUUCCGGCAGGCGAGCGAGGUGGGCCUCCUGGGACCGGGAUACAUCUGGAUCCUGCCCAGCCUGGCUGUGGGCAACCCAGACGGCCCGCCACCUGUCAGCUUCCCCAUUGGUGUAAUUGGCGUAAUAACAGACCACUGGAGGAAGAGCCUGAGGCAGAGGGUGAGGGAGGGCGUCGCCAUCGUGGCCAAAGGGGCCGAGAGCUUCAAGAAGUACCACGGUUUUGUUCCCGAGGGACACAGUGACUGCAACACGCUGGCCAAACACUCCGACAACAACACCUUCUUCAGGCACAUGCUGAAUGUGACGUGGAACAAGAAGGACCUGUCCUUCAACAACCAAGGCUUCCUCACCAACCCGUCCAUGGUCAUCAUCGCUCUGGACCGAGACAGGCUCUGGGACAAGGUGGGGACGUACGCUCGGGGGAUUCUCCAGGUCCGCUACCCGGUCUGGCCUCGCUACGGCAGCUUCCUGGAGCAGGUGUCGGACGACCGUCACCUGACGGUGGCCACGCUGGAGGAGCAUCCCUUCGUCAUUGUGGAGAACGUGGACCCCGGCACCGGCACCUGUGUCCGCAACACAGUGCCCUGCAGGCGCCAGUCCAACCGCACCGAGAGUAUUGUUGGCCAUUCGGAGCCCUACACCAAACUGUGCUGCAAGGGCUUCUGCAUAGACAUCCUGAAGAAGCUGUCCCGCACCAUCAAGUUCUCCUACGACCUCUAUCUGGUCACCAACGGAAAACACGGCAAGCUGGUCCGCGGGAUUUGGAAUGGCAUGAUUGGAGAGGUUGUUUACAGACGAGCUGACAUGGCCAUUGGCUCUCUCACCAUCAACGAGGAGCGUUCUGAGAUCAUUGACUUCUCAGUGCCGUUCGUAGAGACGGGCAUCAGUGUGAUGGUAGCCCGCAGCAACGGGACAGUUUCCCCGUCAGCCUUCCUUGAGCCCUACAGCCCUGCUGUUUGGGUCAUGAUGUUCGUGAUGUGCCUGACCGUGGUGGCCGUGACGGUCUUCGUGUUUGAAUACUUCAGUCCUGUCGGCUACAACCGCAGCCUGGUCAGCGCCAAAUCUCCUGGCGGCCCCACAUUCACCAUAGGGAAGUCGGUGUGGCUGUUGUGGGGAAUCGUCUUCAACAACUCUGUCCCCAUCGAGAACCCAAAAGGAACGACCAGUAAGAUCAUGGUCUUGGUCUGGGCCUUCUUCGCCGUCAUCUUCCUGGCCUCGUACACUGCCAACCUGGCUGCCUUCAUGAUCCAGGAGCAGUACAUCGACACUGUGUCUGGGCUCUCCGACAAGAAGUUCCAGAAACCACAGGAGCAUUACCCUCCUUUCCGCUUCGGGACGGUCCCAAACGGGAGCACGGAGAGGAACAUCCGCAGCAACUACCCCGACAUGCACACACACAUGAUCAAAUACAACCAGAAGGGAGUUGACGAAGCUCUCAACAGCCUCAAAGUCGGGAAGCUCGACGCGUUCAUCUACGACGCUGCCGUGUUGAACUACAUGGCCGGGAAGGACGAGGGCUGCAAGCUGGUGACCAUCGGCAGCGGCAAGGUGUUCGCCACCACCGGCUACGGCAUCGCCCUGCAGAAGGACUCCCGCUGGAAACGGCACAUCGACCUGGCGCUGCUGCAGUUCCUGGGAGACGGAGACACCCAGCGCCUGGAGACGGUCUGGCUGUCAGGCAUCUGCCAGAAUGAGAAGAACGAGGUGAUGAGCAGCAAGCUGGACAUUGACAACAUGGCCGGGGUCUUCUACAUGCUGCUGGUGGCCAUGGGCCUCAGCCUGCUGGUCUUUGCCUGGGAGCACCUGCUGUACUGGAAGCUACGACACUCCCUCCACAAGUCGCACAAGCUGGACUUCCUGUUGGCCAUCAGCAGGGGUAUUUAUAGUUGUUUCAAAGGCGUGGAGGACCCAGGGCGUUCCUCUAACCUGGGCAACCCUGACCUGACCUCCAACUACGCUCAGGCUAACAUGCUGAAGAUGCUUCGCACUGCCAAGGACCUGGUGUCCACUGCUAACGUAGAGAGCUCCCUGGACAACGCCACCAAGACCAUAGAACAAUGGAGUCGCCACGGCAGCAACUUGCCCGUUCGAGCGCCGCAGGUUGCCACGGAGGCCGCGCCAGGGGGAUUCGCCUACGUCACUGAGAAUCAUUCCCCCCUUCCUCAGCGCUCCCUCACCCCGCCUCUGACCGCUGUCACCUCUCUGAAGCAGCAGAGGAGUGUGACCAGGCCCACGCCGCUGCGCUACACGCUGCCAACACGCUCCUCCUCCUGCCUGUACGACCGGCCGCUCCCUGUGUCCAGCCUCAGCAGCCCCCACCUGGCCGGAGGGGAGCCCCUUCCCCAUCAGCACCCCCACCACUACCAGACCACCGGGAGACUCUACGUAGACACUCAUCCUCGCUCGCCCUUCAUCCCCUACACUGAUCUCCAGCUGCCCGACAUCUACACGUCCCACCCUGUCUCAUCCAUGUCCCCACAGAACCAGCCUGUCUAUGAGGGCUUCUCCCGGCGCAAGAGGAGGUCCAAGAGCUUCCAGUGCGAGGAGGCUGGAGGGGAGCGGAGAAAGCACAGGGACCAGGAAAAGAGCGGCAAAACUCCUAUUUGUCUGACUGAGUUGAAAGCCAACCACCUCCUGGACAACCAUGUCCCCUCCCCUGCUGUUGACAGCACCUAUCCAGGGGAGGUAAUCUGUCCUGGGGGGGAGAACUACAGCUCCUGGCCCCCAGAGGAGCUUGUUCUGAGGGGGAGACGAAGGCACCGCCGCCCCUCUUUCCUCAAAGCCACUUGGGGCAGUGAGCGGAUACGCCAGCACGACGAAUCCCAGUCGUCGCUUUCUCCAUCCAGCCAAUCACCUACCACCUUGCCAGACCUGUUCCCAUGCAUCGUCACGCCGAGCACGCCUACGAAAGCCUACAACCCCGCCCAUCUUCGGAACAACCUGUGCCUCCCGCGGAACCAGGCCUACCUCCAUAUCAGGCAGGACCAGAGGAGGCCCAAUGGGCGUAAGGGCCAGAGGCUGCGGUAUUCCCACUCCGCCCACCUGCCUACAUACGGAGAAGCAGUGCGACAUGGGAGCGGGGUGGGGAUGGGCGUGGUCCGGAGAGCCACCAGCUUGCUCAGCAGACAGUACGCCCAUUACCUGAACUCCUAUCCUGGGCUGCCGCUCUACCACGGCCCCUUGGACCUGCAGCGCCAUGCCCAGGCCACCAGCAGCCACCCCAGUCCCAACCCGGUGUGCCAGCUGCUGGCCUGUGGUGGUGGGCCCUGUGGGGGCCAGCGGGCCCUGGUGUAUCAGGACAGCCUGUAUGGGGCUUACGGGGCCUAUCAGGGGUCCCAGACUAGACUGGAGGCCCCGCCAGGUCAGGGGGCAGGCGGCCCGUGUGUACUUCGCCCCUGGAGACGGGUGUCCAGUCUGGAGUCUGAAGUCUGAUGGAAACAGUUCAAACCAAAAGGACCUCAUAGGAUGGACACCUGUGAAGUUACACAGGACAGGGGACUGCAGCAUGACCGUUUUGGAGAGGGUUAUGUGAUUAAUAUGAAGUAGAGAAGACAGCGCUUGUGGUUGUACCUCAAAGUAAAGUGGCUUUUCUGUUGGAGUGCUGUGGUGGAAGGUAAUAGAGUAGAAGCAUGGUCCAGUGAUGUUUCAGGACUGAUGGGAUGUUCUCUGUAGUAAGAUAGUAAGACUGCACUGUUACUGAUUUGUCCUUGAGAAAGCUGGGCAGAGUUGGCAGGUUUUAUUCACUUGCUGCUUUCCUACU